UUUCAGUUCGUAUUCUGUCGGUCCUCGGUCAUGUUCUAUUCGAGGGACAUAACGAAUUCGUAUCUUGUGUUUUGAAAGUGAUUGCUAUCUAUUCAAUAAGCAGUGAAAUGUAUUAGAAUGCGGCCAAUCGCAAUAUUUGAGAGAGAAAAAUAAAAGUAUUGUGUUGCCAAAAUUUCUAUUUCAUCAAGAUAACAAAAGAAAGAAAUACCAAAUUUCCCCCUAAAAUGUGUCGAAUCCCCAUUUUGAUUCAAACCUCGGAAUUUGUUAAGAUUCAAAUAUGAUUCUCGGUUUUUUGAAAAACAAAAGAGUGAAAGUGUAAUCCUAUCCUAACGUUCCUGCAAUUCCUCCAAACAAAACAAACAUCCACAUUCCAAACCGCGCAAUGAUGGAUUACAACGAUUUGUCAAUUUACAACCAAACCGAUUUGGAUGGUUCGACGGCAACGAUACCCAAUCGAUCCUUAAACAUCGACUUGCAACAACAUCAGCAACAGUAUCCGAAAAUAAUUGAAGUCGCUGCCCAUUAUCUCAGUUUUUACUAUACCCCGGUGUUAGUUUUUGGCGGCAGUAUCGGAAAUAUCCUUUCGGUGUUUGUGUUCUUCAAAACCAAGCUCAGAAAAUUAUCAUCGAGUUUCUAUUUGGCAGCACUGGCUGUUAGUGAUACCUUCUUUUUGUUUGGCUCAUUUGCAUCGUGGCUGAGCUAUGUGGACGUGAAUGUUUAUCAUCGCGAGUUUGUUUGUCAGUUUUUUGUAUUUUUUAGUAGCUUGUGUAGCUUCUGUUCGGUUUGGUAUGUUGUGGCCUUUACUGUUGAACGGUUUAUAGCUGUGAUGUAUCCUUUGAAGCGGCAAACUAUGUGUACGGUGAGGAGGGCGAAAAUGGUGCUGGCUGGGAUAACAUUGGUCGGAUGUUUGCAUUGUGCGCCGUAUCUUUUGGUUUCGGUACCAAAGUAUGAUCCGGCGACUAAUUCGUCGAUAUGUAAUGUGCGGACUGAGUAUAAGGACUUUGUAACAACUUUAAACUAUGUCGAUACUGUUGUGGUCUUUGGUAUCCCCCUAACUACAAUUGCAAUACUGAACACAUUCACAGGAUGCACAGUUUGGAAGUUUGCAACUGUAAGACGAACUAUGACAUUACAAAAACGGAAAACACAAAUUACACGAAGUCCUUUCUCAUCAACCUACCGCACAAGCACAGUGAAAAGACAAAAUUCAGUUCUGUCAGAUUUUUCACAUCCCAAUGGUCAUAAUAGCUGUGGAUCACAUCGAGAAUCAAAAUCUAAAGCAGGUAGACGACCAAUGACAAACUCAUCACAGCUAAAAGUCACAAAGAUGUUGUUGAUUGUGUCAACUGUUUUUGUUUUCUUGAAUCUGCCGAGUUACUUUUUAAGGGUGAAGAUGUUUCUUGAGUACCUAAGCUUAAUAUGGUAUAACAAAGAAUGAAGAUACACGGAACCGGUAACCGGACAGAAGGAAAACCGGACAGAAUGCAAAUUUUUGUGAAUUAUUUCACUUGAAAAGCAAUUUCAAGAAAAUAAACUUUUCAAUAACUUUUCAUGUUUGGAUCAUUGAUUUAAUGGCCAGUUGCUCACCUCACCUGAAUUUUAUUUAAUAUACACAGAAUUUCUGGCUCCUGUAACAGAUGGUGCAAGUCAAACAGAAUAUUGAAGGGAAAUAACUUCACAAGUUGAAUACUGAAGAUAAGGGCGAAAAACUGGUGGAAGUAGUCAAAGUAUAAGUUUACUUUGAAAUAACGAUUAAUUAUAAUCUGAAAAUGGAAAAACACCUCAUACCAAAGAAUUCAAGAAAAAAAAAAAAAAAAAAAAACAUCCUUAGUUUAAGAACAACUUUUCAGGCCAGCAAUUAUGAAAAAGGUGCUACAUUAACUAUUUACUUCAUCAAAAUACUUUUCCAUUGAUAUGAAUAUGAUAUUGCCAACAGCGGGUGACUAAGGUUCACUAAAUGUUUUGCUUGAUAUCUUGAGUUAUGGGUUCGAGUUCCGU